AUGGACGGGCAUGAGAUGGAAACGUUUCCUUUGGAGUCGGUCACUAAGCCGCAAUUGCGGCGACUAGGGGGAGCACUAUGGGGUUGGAAAUUGGGUAUUGACAACGAAAGCAUACAAGUCAGGCCGAAUACUGUGAAGCUGGAGCCCUAUUUCCAGUUCUAUCGAAAGAUGACAGCGUCCUAUGUAUCUGAUGCUUUCCCGCCGGAUGAAGUCCAAGCUUUACGAUCGCACGAUGAUCUAUGCGACAUUAUCACAUUGAUCACGUCCAAACCAGAUGCUCGAAGAACCGCGUUGACGGAAGAAUACUUCUCUGGCCGUCAGAGGGAUAGGGAGACCCUGCCAGAAGAUGAGAAACAAGCCUUCAACCUCGCCAUCAAGGCUAUUCUGAUGAUAAGCUGCUCAUACGAGGAAGAAGCUGGUAGCAUCGAGUCCAGCAUCUGGAGGAACGACCAGUCCGCGCGAGACCUUGUGUUGGCUACAUUUCCAGUCAGAGAUCACCCGAACCUCAACGAACCUGACGGAUCCCUGCCAGAUAUCAAGUCAGCGUUGAGAGCAACAAGGCUCAAAAAAGUUGCUCGACUAUCAUUCAGGGGCACAGAUGACCUCCGGAACCAUCUCCGGAUGGAUCUCAAAACCGGAGUUGUGGAACUUUACCACCAUACUGCCUUCUUGAAGGAGUGCCUCGAAGUAUCGAAGGAUAUUGACGUAGAGCCUGUACUACCACGAAAACUGGCUUGGGAAACCCUAGACUCCCUUCAAAAUAUUCUAUUUCGCAUAUCAGACGAGAGCUCACGAGCUUUACUUCGAUCUUUAGUGUCGAAGGACUCCUUCGAUCCCGAUUGUCUGAGCCUUAUUUAUCGGCCAUAUCUGCGUGAUAACGAAAGAGAGAUCAAGUAUCAUUACUGGGGCUCUCGAUUGAUGGACUUAUACGACGAACUCGAAAACCCAAGACCCCGGAAACCUAUCUACGUUUGGUUAGAGCAACGCAGUAAAGCAAGGCAUGUGAUGUUGGCGACACUCAUUGGGGUAAUCAUUGCAGUAAUCAUUGGAUUACUGGGACUAGUCGUCAGUCUCUUCCAGGCCUGGGUGUCGUAUCAGGCGUGGAAACACCCUGUACAGGACUCGACCGAGGUAGCUAAAUAG